AUGGGGAAGGCUGGGAACGAGAGGAGAGGCGGCAGCAGCAGCGAGGCGAGCGGAGGGCUGACAGGGGAGCAGGAUAGGGGGAGCAGGGGGGGCGAGGAAGCGGAGGAGGACGGGGAGAAGGAGCAGAGGAGGCGGAGUGGCGGAGGGCGGAGGGGAGCAUCGGUGGUGAACAGGGGGGCGUGGACGGCGGAGGAGGAUGAGCGGCUGGCGGCGCUGGUGGCGGUGCACGGGGCGAAAAACUGGAGCGUCAUCGCUGCUGGUAUCCCUGGCAGGCCGGGGAAGAGCUGCCGACUCAGGUGGUGCAACCAGCUGGACCCGGCGUUGAGGCGAGGCCAGUUCACGGUGGAGGAGGAUGCGCGCAUCAUCACAGCGCACGCCAUCCACGGCAACAAGUGGGCCCUCAUCGCCAAGAACCUUCCCGGACGCACGGACAACGCCAUAAAGAACUAUUGGAACUCCGCCAUGCGCCGCAAGUACCCUCUCCUGCGCGGCCUCUCCACGCCCCCUCAAGGCCCCCCACACUCCGCCCAGGCCCACUCCGCACAGUCCCACUCCGCCUCGCCCUCCCACCCUGCACCAGCGCAGCCCCAGCCCUCCCACGCGCCCGCCCUCCCCUCUGGCAACCAGCAGGGGGGAGAGGAGGGCGCGUACGAGCGGGCAGUGCGGUUUGUGGCGGGCGUGCAGGCGAGGGGCGUGGCGGCGCUGGUGGAGGAGGUGGAAAGAGUCAGGGAGGAGGAGGGCGUGGGGCGCAUCCGCAAGAUCCUGGAAGGUUCGCCCCUGGGUGAUGCGGCGCUGCUGCAGGCGGUGGAGAGGGAGUGGCGCGAGAGAGAGGCGCGCGGGCGAGGGGGGGAAGGGGGAGAGGGGGAGGGGGAAGGGGGAGACGAGGAAGGAAUGGCGAGUGGGGAAGGGGAGGGGAAAGAAGGGGAGGGCGUGGGGGAGGCAGGAGAGGGAGCAAGGGCGAAGGAUGAAGGAAUGGCCGAGGAGAGCGAGGAGUGGGGGGAUGGAGAGCAGCAGACGGUGCAGGGAGCAGGGGAAUGGGAGACAGUGCAGGGGGAGGCGAGGGUAGGGGGGUGGAGGGCGAGUGAGGCGAUAGAGGGGGGGAGAGGAGUGAAGCAGGAAGUAGAGGAGGGGGUGGAUGGCAUAGAAGAUUAUAGAGGGAUGGAAGAGGAGGGUGGAUUGUGUGCUCCGGAGCUACACGCCUCAACAGCAUGUGCUCUCCCUCCGCCCCUGGCACAGUGUGACGUCGUGCCUUUUGCCAGCCAGACUGCCGCCAACAUCAGCCAUGCGACCCAUGCGACGAGGGCGAGUGGUGGCAGUGACAGCACGCACGCUGGGGGCGUGCCUGUGGAGGCUCAUGAUGCGGAUGACUUAGUUCCACACAGUGCGGGUGGGAGCAGCAGCAGGAAAAGGCGGUAUGAGGCCUGCUGUGCGGAUCAUGUGGGCGCUCGUGCUGCCCACGGUGCUGCUGCUACUGGCGGUGGUGGUGGUGCUGCUGCCACGAGUCAGCACAGCGCCCUCACCUGCCACUUUGACCGCCGCCCUCGCUUCCGAGUGUCACCCACUGCCCUCCCUGUCACCUCGUCUGUGCCUGCACCCACUGCUGCUUCGCCUCCACUGCUGCCGCCUCCCACCCUUCCCACCACCACCCCUACUGUUACCACCUCCUCCCUCCCUCUCUCACACACCUCUCAAGGCGCCACCCAGCAGACACACACACCGUCACCAUCACCACCCUCCCCACCACUCACUCCCUCUUGCCCUCCCUCCCUCACUCACCCCCACCACCACCAUUCCCUCGCCCCUCCACAUCUCUCCUCGCGCUUUUCAUUCGCCACUCUCCCCUCCGGCCUCUCCCACUCCUCUCUCCUCCCUGCCACCCACACUCCCUCCCUUCUCCAGCCCUCCCAACCAUCCAAUCCUCCCACACCCCUUACUGCCCAGCCACUCCCGCUUGACCGAGCCUCAGGUCCUGGUUCGGGUGAAAGCGGCCUGGUAGGUGCAGGACAGGCGGCAGCAAAACAUGGUGGCGGUGGCAUGAGGGGCGGUGGAGGAGGGGACGGGAGCAUGAGGGGGGUGGGUUUGGGGGCAUUUCAGCUGGGGAAGGUGUUUACUGCAGUGCAGGUGACAGGGGGCGAUGAGAGCUUGUGCACGCACAGGGGGUGUGAGGCCGAUGAACAGUGUAAGGCAGCCGCGAGACAAGGGGAGAGGCAGGGACAAGAAUGGGAAAAGGAAGGAGGCUGUGCAGGAGAGAGAAUUGAGAUUUCGGAGGUUACGGAGGAGGAAAGCAGAGGGCAGCAGGGGAUGGAAGUCUGUGGGUCAGAGAAAGAGAAGACCCUGUGCCCACACGGAAUAGAUAAAACCAACUCACAGCCCUUGCAGCACAGUCUGCACCCAGACACAUGCCUUGUUGGUGCAGUCCCACAGCCAAUGCAAGACUGCCACGUGGCAGGGCAGGGGCAGUGUGGGGCACGCGUGCGGCGGCACGUGCAUCGAGUAUUGGCGUCGGCAUGUGGGGUGGCCCGGCUGCUGCUGGAGGAGCUGCAAUGGCGGCACGGAAUGGUGGAGGGGCGAGCCGACGAGGAGGACGUGGAGGAGCGGUGGGGGAACGUAAGAGGAGAAGGUGGUGAGGGGCCACAGGUGGUAGAUCCGGUGGGGGAUGUGCGUUGUUGCAGUGAUGAGCGGUGCUGCUCGGUGAGCAGUGGUGCUGAGGGUGCAGCUGAGGGCAUGGCAUGCCGGCAUGUGCUGGAUGCCAUGUUGGCUGUGUGCUUCAGACUUGCUGCACCAG